CUCAGAUGAAGGGGCCUCAACUACAAAACGAGAUAAUAGGUGGAGAGUUACGUAUAAACCAUAGAGAAAAUCUUCAGGGUCACGGCAGUUCCUACAAGGUUUGGACAAAGUUUAGGGCUGAUUCCACGGACCACGAUAGCACCUAGGACUAGAGUAUGAUUUCAAAUUAAACCCGUAACAUCCCGUUGGCAAAUAUCUCGGACCAGAAAUCAAUUGUUACGUGGAUCAUUACGUUAAGACCAACUGCAGGUGCGACAAGACAAAGAACUGAAUUCACUCGGCCCAUUAGAUCACCCGAAAAUAUUGAAUCAGUGAGAGCUUCAAUGUUCA